CAUCCAGGUGGUGAAGAGGUCCUCAGGGAGCAAGCUGGGGGUGAUGCUACUGAGAACUUUGAAGAUGUUGGUCAUUCCACAGAUGCAAGGACACUGUCAGAAAGCUUUAUUGUUGGGGAACUUCAUCCGGAUGAUAGAGGGAAGCUUCAGAAACCGACCGAAACUCUAAUUACCACUGUUCAGUCUAAUUCCAGUUCAUGGUCCAACUGGGUGAUCCCGGCAAUAGCAGCAACUAUUGUGGCUCUGAUGUAUCAUUCCUACAUGUCAGAGUAAGCGCCUUACUGAGAACUAGUGCAAGAAGAGACUGAUGUGAGAGAGAAUAUAAGCAAUCCUAACCUGAUUUGUUUCUAGACAAAAGCCUGAUGUCUGAAGAAAAAUUCACCUUUUUCAAAACACUGAACAAUUCUUUUCUGCUGUGCACUUUUCUUAAUACUGCCUUCUUAUUUGCUGUUCUGAAGUGAUUAAAAAGGCAGCAUUUCUCUUUUUGUAUAACAGUUUUAUCUUAAUUAAUCAUUUGAUAGCUGUAUUGGUUUAUGUUAGAAAAUUUUGUAUGUAACAACCUGAUUCUAGUUAUUUCUUUGAUAUCUAAUGGAGUCCAUAGGACUCUUCUUUACAUGUAAAUUUUACCAGCUUUAAAUGACUACCAAAACU